AUGAAGUUCUUGAGUAGACAUGGGGAUCUCCCAUCCAAACCAGAACUGUUAAAGAGAUUCAGCGUGUUUGGGAAGAUAAACGCUUCAAGAACUGAUGUAAACCAAGAGGAAAGCUCUGGGAAAAUAGUUUUCCUGCAGAGCAUAGAUGCAGUGAGAGCUUAUCAAUUUGCAAGAAGCAGAAAGUUUACACUAGGACGGUCUAAGGUUAUGUACCAGCUUGACCCCUUUGAGGGAGGCAAUGAAUUAAACAAAGUUCCAGUGGCUCAGACGCCUCAAAAGUCCGUUCUGUCACCAAGAGCAUGUCUCAAGAAUCACGGUUCGCACUACCAAACUGAAAGAAACCCUAAAUCAUUCUUCCUUGGACCUCCUCUCAUAGCGCCUCCGAUCCAUCUUUCUCUUUCGUGGCGUUUCAUAUCAAAAGAUGGUGAAAAGAAGUUUGGGCAAAACGAUGAAGAUACGCAAACCGGUGACACCCAGCAGGCGGAAUAUAAAACGGUGGUGUUUUGGGACAUCAACAGGUGUCCGCUUCCCGCCGUUUCAGAUUGUCGGAUUGGUGGGAGAAUAGACUCGGCGUUGAUGAAAUUAGGCUACACUGGCCCUCUCACCGCCAUUGGCGACCUAGAUGGCAUCCCUAUUCAAGUCCUGCGAGUCCUCUCCUCUGGAAUCGGUUUUAAGCACCUCGGCCAAGGUAUUUGGAAGCAUUGUGAACGAUUUUAUGUUUGGGGAAGGUUUAAUGAGCAGGAGCUUACAAUAAUGGUCAUAUCUGAUUCUCUUGGUUUGAGUUGCCUCGAUUACGUUUUUGCAAUGCUACAAAAGAAGAGAAGCGGGAACAAAUACAACAUUCUUGUGGCAUAUAAACUUCCUCUGCCUAAACAUGCCAUGGAGAUCUCUGCAGAGUGGCGCUGGGAUUUCUUACUGAAACAAGAUCUUGUUACUCCAGACACCAAACAGGGGACAAGAAGACAGGUUCUUCAAGAUCCCUUGUGUUUUUGCCAGCUAUGCAAGUUUCCUUGCCAAAGCUUUGAAAUUUUCACCACUCAUCUCAAGGGUACCGAACAUGCACUUACAAAGGAAGAAAAGUGCAAGAAAGUUUAA